AUGGGCAUUGUGAACAUCUCUGUCGCGCCCUCCGCGAAUGCCCUUCGAGUCUCCACGGCUGACGAUGGCUCUUCUUCUCUCGUUUUCCGGGAAGGUGCCUUUUCCGUAUCUAAUUCCAUCUACUCGGGCUCUGUCACCGACGGCAAGGCCCUGCUAGCCGCCGGUGUAGAGGAACAGAAGAAACGUGUCUCCACCGUUCGAUACACCGAGAUCUCUCCGGGUGUUGUGCAGGUGGACAUUGUUCCUCUCCAAGACAUUGGCGACCAGCUUCCUGCCCCGGACACGCCCAUCGAGGUGGAGGACCCUGAGGAGGGCGAGAGCGAUGAUGAAGAUCCUAUCCUGAUUCCAGACGAGCCGCCGGAGCCGGAGCCGGAGCCAGAACCUGAGCCAGAGGAACCUUUCACGGGCGUCAUCACCACCUCGAGCUUCGCUUUCGAAGAUGACGACAUCAUCUAUGGUGUAUGGGAGUAUCCUUUCAACGGCUCCCUCUCCAACCGCGACAUCACGUUUGAAGUCAAGGGCCUCUUUGGCGAGCAGCAGGGCAUCAACUACGCCAAUGCCCGUGCUCCUUUCUUCUUCACCCGGUCCGGCUUCGGCGUCUACGUCGACACCCUUGCCAUGGGCACCUUUUCCUUCCAGGGCUCCACCGCCAGCUUCUCCUUCGCCGCCGACGAGGAGGUUAGCUACAAGGUCCUCUUCAACCCGGACCUCAAGGCCCUCUUGCAGGAGGACUUCCACGGCACCGUGGAGAACGCCGAGGACAACCUCUACGAUAUCGUGGACCACCUGUACUAUAAUGAGAUUCGUGCUACCGGCAUGUUUGCGGACAGGCCGUACGGAACCGGAAAUAUGUCCUUUGGAAACUUUGACUUUGAUCCCGAGUUCUUCCCCGAUCCCGAGGCCUUCAUCGCCAACAUCACUGAGUGGGGCUAUGAUUUCCAGGUCUGGGUCGCCAACCGAGCUUUCCUCGACACCGAGCUCUACACGACCGCUCUCGAGAAUGAUUGGCUCUUCCCCGGCAUCAACGGUGAAGAGUUCCUCGGCCCAGCGCUUGAUCUCACGAUUCCCGAGGCCUACGAGUAUUUCCAGGAUAGGCUGCGAUACUUCACCGAUAUUGGCGUCAAGGGCUUCAAGAUUGACCGCGGCGAGGAGCACGAGCUUCCCGAUGAACUCCAAAACAUCCAAAACACAAUCUUCCAACAGCUCUGCUACGACGUCAUGGUAGAGAAGUGGGGCGUCGGAAACUUCUUCUCCUUCUCCCGCUCCGUCGUGGACCGCGCCCGCUCGCUCACCGCGGUUUGGAACGGCGACUCCCAGGCAGACUGGGAGGGCCUCGCCUUCUCCGUCACCUCGGGUAUCCGCGCCGGCCUGCUUCUCUACUCGACCUGGGGCUCGGACAUUGGUGGAUACACACGUCCCGACGAGACGACUCCUGGCGAGGAGCUCUGGGCCCGCUGGAUGCAGUUUGGUGCCUUCUCUCCUCACUAUGAAAUCAUGGUUGGUGAUGGCCACACUCCCUGGUACGAGCCCUACAGCAGCGAGCUCGUCGAGAUCCUCAAGAAGACGGCCGAUUGGCACAUUCGUCUCAUCCCCUACAUCCGCUCCUACACGUACCAGUCCGCCCAGACAGGUAUCCCCGUCAUCCGCGCUCUCUUCCUCGAGUACCCGGGCGAUCUCAGCAUCUACGAGACCGGCGACGCCUACGCUUUCGGUGCCGAGUUCUUCGUCGCCCCCUUCGUCGCCGAGGGCGGCGUCCGGACGGUGUACUUCCCAGACGCCGGCGAGAACUCGACCUCGCACAAGUUUGUCGACUGGUUCAACAAGACGGCCGUGUACGAGGGCGGCACCGAGGUCGAGGUUGCGCUGCCCCUGGACGAGAUGCCCGUCUACGUGCGCGAAGGUUCCAUCGUCCCCACGGGAGACAUCCACCAGGGUAACGCCAAGUGGAUCGAAGACUGGAAGCCCAGCCUAGAGAUUGAGUUCUACCCCAGCUACGCCGUCGAGGAGUCCCGCUUCGAGUACCUUACGGCCGAUGGCGAGAUUGCCGUCAUCACCAUGAGGACUAACCGCGAGGAGGAGACCGUGCUGGUUGAGACGGACGCUCUGGGGGUCGCGGGUGUGUUCAAGGUUUACAGCAAGACUGGCGCCGCGGAGAUUCCGUUCACCGAGGCCUCCAUGAGCUUCUUGAUGGACAAGGUCGCCACCCUCUUCGACUAG